AUGUCCCGCUCACCGAGUCUCCAACAGCUCGGGGAGGAUGCCCAGUCCAAAGUGGCGUCUGACUCUAAUACUCGCCUCGAAUCCGACGAAAAGCCCAUUGGCGUGGUUUCACAAGCUCAGCCAGUACUUCCAGAUGGCGGACUGCAGGCAUGGUGCACUGUGCUUGGAGGUUUUUUGAUUCAGUUUUGCUGUGGCGGCUACUCUAUUUCAUUUGGUGUAUACCAAGAUUUCUACGUUCGGGAAUACCUCACGAACUCGACCCCCUCGGCAAUCUCCUGGAUUGGAAGUUUGAACGCUUGUUUGCUCAUAUCGGGCGGAGUUGUUGCUGGGCGAUUGUACGACCGUGGAUACUUUUAUUCGCUCCUCUAUGGAGGUUCUUUUUUGACUAUAUUCUCCCUCUUCAUGCUCUCGCUAGCUAAGCCGAACCAGUACUAUCAGAUAUUCCUGAGUCAAGGCAUUGGUGCCGGCCUGGGUGGCGGACUCACAUAUAUCCCCAGUGUUGCCAUUACUGCUCAGUAUUUCUCCAAGAAACGCGCUCUGGCCAUGGCUCUUAUUACCGCCGGAGGCUCUGUCGGAACGAUUGUCCAUCCAAUCAUGCUGAACAAUACACUCAGCAGGUUAGGGUUUGGGAACGCGGUUCGCGCCAGUGCCGGUUUGGUGGCAGGGCUACUCGUCAUUGCUUGUUGCCUCAUGAGGACCCGGACGACGACCCGAAAGCAACCUGCUGGAAACUCAAAGGCCAUGUUGAAGGCGAUCACCACCGAUUACGCAUAUGUUGCCGCAACUGCUGGAUUGAUGCUUUUCUCUAUCGGGCUGUACUUCCCGCAAUUCUACAUCCAACUUGAUGCAACGAAACACGACCUCAACGAGACAUUCGUUUUUUACUCGCUGGUCAUUUUGAAUUUUGCCAAUCUCUUGGGGCGUAUCAUUCCCAGCUUACUAGCAAACAUCCUAGGAGUGGAGAACAUGGUGACGGCUUCAGCUUUUGCAUGCGCUGCAGUCAUUCUCGGGAUGAUAGGCCUUAGCAGUAUCGCAAGCGUCGUUCUCAUCGCACUUGUAUAUGGAUUUGUGUCCGGGGCCUUCAUUUCACUGUCAAACCCCUUACUGGUUUUACUCACAAGCAACAUGUCCGAACUUGGGUUGCGGAUGGGUAUCGCCUAUUUCUUUUCUGGUAUCGCGGGUCUUAUCGGUACGCCAAUCGGAGGGGCAUUGCUUACUAAGGAGUUCAUUUGGUGGAGGCCUGCUCUUUUCAGUGGGUUGACAUGUCUCGCUGGAGGCGCGUUCUACGUUGUCAUGCUUGUGUUAUUGAGGCGAAGGAAGCUGAUAGCUGGCGAAACUCACGCACCUUAA